AAACGAACUCAGUUAGCCUUUAAUAUUCAGUAGCUAUUAGCGUCAUUUUCUGUUUCAGAAUACAUUUUCAGGAGUGACGUUAAUGUGUAGAAGGCGCCACUGACACUUUUAUUUAUUUAUUUUUUAACAGCAUGGCUUCGUUUGGCUGGAAGAGGAAAGUCGGUGAGAAGGUGUCCAGAUCUGUCGUCCGGCAGUUUGAGGCUGAGGAGGAGACAGCCGAGGCAGGUGGAGGAGGUCGGGACGAGGAGGAGGAGGUGGACUGGCUGCACGCCAUCAAACGGCGGCGAGAGAUUCUGCUGGAGGACUGCGCUGCAAAGAGCAGGAGGCUGAAGGAUGAGGGAGCUCUGCUGGCUGAACAGGGCAGGCACUGGGAGGCCAUCAAGAAGUGGGACGAGGCUAUUCAGCUGACUCCAGACAACUCAUCGCUGUAUGAAAUGAAAUCUCAGGUGCUGACCAUUCUGCACGAAGUGUUUCCAGCUGUGAAGGCGGCAGAGAUGGCCGUGAAGUUUGAGCCGCUGUGGUGGGAGGGCUGGCAGACUCUGGGCCGAGCACAGCUCAACCUGGGCGAGGUUGACCUGGCGGUGAGAUCCUUCCAGACUGCAAUCCACCUGUGCCCAUCCGAGGCCAGUCUGUGGCAGGAGGACCUGAGCUGGGCAUGGACCUUACAGAAGCGGCAGCUAGCGGCCAAGGAGAAGAUCAGACAAGAGGAGGAGACCAAAAAUCAGAUCCUCAAUGCCCCCGAGCUGGAGAGGGACUACGAUUUCGAGUCGGAUGAAGUGCUGGCAGCCUGCGUGGCUGUUGCAGAGCGGCAGACGCGCUACGAAGAGCUGAAGAGAACUGCUGUGGUCAUCGAUGCCGAGGGGAACGUACAGAGCGUUGUGGCCGGGGAGCAGGGGUCAGAGGACACAGCAGCACUGUCAGAGGAACAGUUUGUCAAAGCAAGAGGACUGUGAACUGAUUUAUCCCCUGACAGUCACACGUUUUUUCCUUUCUUUUAGCCAUAUUUGUGGUAAAUUCAUCCAUCUUUUACCCAUCUCUUCCUUUGAGGGUCUCAGGGCUCACUAAGCAAGGGGUGGGGUACAAGUCCAUCACAGGGCUGUUUGUGAUAAAUGUGUGCGUUUAGUUUUUAUGUGUUGCUGAAAUUUGAAUGUGGAAACAGCAAAAAGAAAAAGUCUGAAAAUCAUAUUUCAGUCCGUUUAAUAAGCCCACCUCUCUUAUUCACUGUUACUGUUUAUUCUUAGUUUAAAAAGUAAACAAAUGAUUUAAACAUAAAGCUUUUUAUUGAAAUAAAGGUUUUAAGCAAUA